CAAAAACAGCCCCUCAAAAGUGUCCAAAAGACUCCAAACCGUGGGAGCACUAAACCCAAAUUACAAACAGUCACGUCUUUGUAGAUUCAUUUCGAAGAAUUCUGAAACUAGAAGAAGAUGAAUUUUCUCAGAAGCUUUGCGAAGGCUUCGAAGAGCCGAAUAAACAACAGAACACCAUUUCUACUGGUAACUUCACGUUCCUUCUCGCAGCUUCACUCCCAGUCCGAACGGCCUUCUUUCGGCAUUGCUUUCGACAUUGACGGCGUCGUUCUUCGGGGCUCCGCUCCAAUCGGAGGCUCUCCGCUAGCUCUCAAAAGAUUAUACCAUGAAUGCGCAGGUACACUGAAAAUACCCUUUGUUUUCUUGACAAAUGGAGGUGGUAUCCGUGAAUCAAAAAGGGCCUCUGAGUUAAGCAUGCUAUUGGGCAUCAAUGUUUUACCUUCACAGGUUAUACAGGGGCAUUCACCUUUUAAACGGCUCGUAAGUAGAUUUGAGAAUGAGCUUGUUAUUGCUGUGGGCAAAGGAGAACCUGCUGCAGUGAUGUCUGAUUAUGGCUUUAAAAAUGUUCUUUCUAUAGAUGAGUAUUCAUCUUACUUUGACAACAUUGAUCCCCUGGCACAAUAUAAGAAGUGGACAUCAAAAGAGGUAGAGAACAACACCUUUAAAGAGAUGGCCCCACGCAACGAUGCUUCCCCACAAAGAGUGCAUGCAGCAUUCAUUGUUAGUGAUUCUGUUGACUGGAGCAGGGACAUUCAGGUUCUCUGUGAUGUUUUGAGAACCGGAGGUCUUCCUGGAAGGGAAAUUGCACACCAGCCACCUCUGUAUUUUGCAAGUGAUGACCUUGAAUACCAGGCACUAUUUCCGUCCGAACGUCUUGGUAUGGGUGCUUUCAGAAUUGCAUUAGAAUCCAUCUUCAACAGAAUUCACCCUAAUGCUUUGGAGUAUACAUCUUUUGGGAAGCCUAAUCCAUCCGUAUAUAAGAAUGCUGAAACUGUAUUGAUGCGACUUGUUACGUCAUUAUAUCCGAACCUUCAGGUUCUGAAUCUAGCAAAUGGUGGAGAUAAUAUUUUUAAAACUCUAUAUAUGAUAGGAGAUAAUCCUUCGGUUGACAUCAAGGGUGCACGACAGGCGGGACAUCCUUGGUUUUCUAUUCUGACAAGGACUGGAGUUUUCAAGGGGAAGGAGAAUCAUGCCGAAUAUCCCGCAGAUCUGGUUGUUGAUACUGUGCAGGAUGCAGUGAACUAUAUCUUGACAAAGGAGCAUGUUUCAUAACGCUUAUAUGCCAAAUCCGUUCCAAGGGUAUUAUUAUUCUGUAAAGCUAGUUCCGUACAAAAGAAAGAAGGAUACUCCUUUUGGUAGUUGCAAAAUAUAAUGAAUUCCGGAAUUUUUUUUUUAUUUUUUUUCUUCAAAAUUUUGGUUGGCUUACCUAUUAUUUUACACUGGAUGAUGCUUGUACGUUUUGCAGAUAUUAUACAAUUCAUUAAUUAUUCUGCCUCCA